CCCUUUCCCUUCCCCUCCCCUCCGGUGCCCGCCCUCGGCCGUGGCGCAGCCGGGCCUGGUUCCCGUGAGAGCCGCGAGCGGGGCCAGCGCCGCCCUGGGCGUGUGCGGGAGCGCGGCGUAGCCCGCUGAGGCGGCGUGGGGGGGAAGAAGCGAGCGCCAUGGAGGAGGCGGCUCCGAGCCUCCGCCGCCCUCGGUAGAGCCGCCGCCCAGGCCCGCCGGAGCCAUGGACAAAGCCGACAAGAAUGUCAAGCUGUCAGCUGAAGUAGAACCAUUUAUUCCUCAAAAGAAGGGUCCAGAAACACUAAUGAUCCCAAUGGCGCUUCCUAACGACAGCGGUGGAAUUAAUGGUGUGGAACCAACUCCUAUCCCCAGCUACCUGAUCACUUGCUAUCCAUUUGUACAGGAAAAUCAAUCCAAUAGACAGUUUCCAUUAUAUAACAGUGACAUCAGAUGGCAGCAACCCAACCCAAAUCCUGCAGGACCAUACCUUGCUUAUCCUAUAAUAUCUGCGCAACCACCUGUUUCUACAGAAUACACAUACUAUCAGUUGAUGCCAGCACCUUGUGCUCAGGUCAUGGGUUUCUAUCAUCCUUUCCCUACUCCCUAUUCUGCACCCUUCCAAACAGCGAGUGCUGUAAAUGCAGUUACUACAGAAUGCACUGAGCGUCCCAACCCAUCGGGCCAGGUCUUUCCAUUAUCCAGUCAGCGGAGCAGAAGCAGUAACAGGGGAUCCGUCAUACAAAAACAACAGCAGUUACAGACGCACAUAAGAAAUAAACGUCCCCCAGUGAAAAAUGUAGCUACUCAAAAGGAGACUAGCUCAUCAGGUCCUGAGAGCAGAUCAAAGAUUGUUUUGUUGGUUGAUGCAUCACAGCAAACAGACUUUCCUUCAGAUAUAGCUAAUAAGUCACUUUCUGAGAGCACCUCUACCAUGCUUUGGAAAUCAAAAGGCAGGCGCAGAAGAGCUUCUCACCCUGCUGCAGAGUCAUCUAGUGAACAAGGUGCAAGUGAAGCAGACAUUGACAGCGAUAGUGGAUAUUGUAGUCCUAAGCAUGGCAAUAACCAGGCUGCAGCCAUGACUUCAAGGAAUACAGAUUCUUGUGCAGUGAAUGUUGUAGAACCAUCAGUAAAUACAACUGACACUUCCCUUUCAGCUGGUGUAAGUUGGACUAAUGUAAAUUCCCAGGCAACUCAAAAAAAACCUUGGGCUGAAAAAACUCAGACGUUUUCUAGAGGUGGAAGACAAGCUGAGCAAAGAAAUAGUUCACAGUCUGGUUUCAGAUGCAGAGGCCACAGCACAUCUUCAGAAAGAAGGCAGAAUUUGCAGAAACGACAUGAAAAGCCUCUGACUCCAAGUCAGUCAAGUAGAACAGAACAGAGUCCUGAACCUCUGUAUUUUGAGGAUGAGGAUGAAUUCCCAGAGCUAAAUAGUGACAAUGGUAGCAGCAAAAGUAGUAACAUCCAACAAAAGAUUUCACCCAAAGUAUUGGAUGACUUACCAGAGAAUUCUCCAAUCAAUAUAGUCCAAACUCCAAUUCCCAUUACGACUUCCGUACCAAAGCGUGCAAAAAGUCAGAAGAAGAAGGCCUUGGCGGCAGCGCUUGCAACAGCUCAAGAGUAUUCAGAGAUAAGCAUGGAACAGAAAAAACUUCAGGAGGCUUUAUCAAAAGCAGCUGGAAAGAAGAGUAAGACCCCUGUUCAGUUAGAUUUGGGGGACAUGUUAGCAGCUCUUGAAAAGCAGCAGCAAGCAAUGAAAGCUCGUCAGAUCACCAACACCAGGCCUCUUUCAUACACAGUUGGCAGUGCUGCUCCCUUUCAUACCAAAGAAUCUGCCAGCAGAAAAUCUUUAACAAAGGGACAGCCAUCUAUGGGUUGCCUUAAUCCUUUGGAUUCAACUGCUCCAAAAGUGAAAAGAGGAAAAGAAAGAGAGAUUUCAAAACUGAAACGCCCUACUGCACUUAAAAAGAUUAUUUUGAAAGAAAGAGAAGAGAAGAAAGGCCGUUUGUCAGUAGACCACAGUCUUUUGGGAUCUGACGAACAGAAAGAGGUUCAUAUAAGUUUGACUACCGAUCAGUCUCAGGAGUUGGCCUCUCAAGAAGAAACUGGAUUAAGUAUGCCUAGUGAUACUUCACUUUCACCAGCAAGUCAGAAUUCUCCAUACUGUAUGACCCCGGUGUCACAAGGCUCACCUGCUAGUUCUGGAAUAGGUAGUCCAAUGGCAUCUUCUGCAAUAACCAAAAUUCACAGCAAGAGAUUCAGAGAGUACUGUAACCAAGUUCUGAGUAAAGAAAUAGAUGAAUGUGUGACUCUGUUAUUGCAAGAGCUUGUAAGCUUUCAAGAACGGAUUUAUCAAAAGGAUCCCAUGAGAGCUAAAGCAAGGAGAAGACUCGUUAUGGGACUGCGUGAGGUUACUAAGCAUAUGAAGCUAAACAAGAUCAAGUGUGUAAUCAUAUCUCCCAACUGUGAAAAAAUCCAGUCAAAAGGUGGAUUGGAUGAAGCUCUGUAUAAUGUAAUAGCCAUGGCACGGGAACAGGAAAUUCCUUUUGUCUUUGCUCUUGGACGUAAAGCUCUUGGCCGUUGUGUGAACAAGCUGGUUCCUGUUAGUGUAGUGGGUAUCUUCAACUACUCGGGUGCUGAGGAUCUAUUUAAUAAGCUGGUAUCGCUGACUGAAGAGGCCCGAAAAGCAUACAGAGAUAUGGUUGCUGCAAUGGAACAGGAACAGGCAGAAGAAGCUUUGAAGAAUGUCAAGAAGGCGCCCCAUCAUAUGGGUCAUUCUCGUAAUCCCUCUGCAGCAAGUGCUAUCUCAUUCUGUAGUGUUAUUUCCGAACCCAUAUCUGAAGUGAAUGAGAAAGAAUAUGAAACAAACUGGAGAAAUAUGGUAGAAACAUCUGAUGGGUUAGAAACCUCUGAAAACGAGAGAGAAUCCUCAUCCAAGGCUGCAGUACCAGAAAAAGCUGGUAAUGGUCAAACUGAAAAAUCUACCCUUAAUAAACAACCACCACUGGCUACAUCCAGCACUACCUCAGCAACAAAUCACGGAAAAUCCAUACUAGGUGAGAAGGAGGAGGUGAAACCAGAUGACAAUCUGGAAUGGGCCUCACAGCAGAGUACAGAGACAGGAUCACUGGAUGGCAGCUGCCAAGAUCUUUUGAAUUCCUCCAUGACCAGUACCACCAGUACUCUUGUGCCAGGAAUGCUAGAAGAGGAGGACGAGGAAGAUGAGGAAGAUGAUGAGGAUUAUGCCCAUGAACCGAUUUCUGUUGAGGUUCAGCUUAAUAGCAGAAUUGAAUCCUGGGUUUCAGAGACCCAGAGAACUAUGGAGACCCUUCAGCUUGGGAAGACCCUUAGUGGUGCGGAAGAAGACAAUGCAGAACAAAGUGAGGAGGAGGAAAUAGAGACUUCUGAGCAGGUUGAUCCAGUCGUUGAUGGUGAGGAAUGGACAAAUGACAAGCAUGCAAGUAACCCUCAACAUAAGCCCACCAUCUGCACUUCUUUGAAUAAAGAACACACAGAUUCCAUCUACAUGCCAUAAAAAUCAGCAGGAACUCAGGAACUUUUUAGAAAUUAUAUUAAAACUAACUGUUGUAAAAGUUGCAGCCAUUAUUUCAUACGCUUCAUCUCAACGUUUUGCACUGUUAAACAUUUAAUGUGUAUUUAAUUCACAAUAUUUUUGUAGCUGUCCAUUACUUGGUUGAUUUAAAAACUAGCUUAGCUUUUAAUCAGUAUCUAUUUCCCAGAAUAGAAACUUUGUGGAAAAUCUGUCAGUGAGUAUUCAUUCAAUCUUUUGUAAAAGGAAACACUUUAUAACUGACCAGUUUUAAGCAAAAUUAUUUUAUGUGACCAUUUAGCUCAUUUUCAAACAGAUAACAUACAUUUUAAGACUGACAAGUUACCAGCACUUACAUUAGUGUUAUGCCAGGCAUGUCAAUGUAUUUGGCUGUGAUUAUUCUAGUUCUGUCUAGAAAUAGAAGUAAGGUUUUGGUUAUCUUCAUUUAAAAAAAAAAAAAGCUGGAAAACCCUGUUUGCAGUCUUCAUGAAGA